AUGGAAGCCUAUGAGUCAAUAGUCUCGAAAGCUGUGGAGGACGGAGUGAUCCCUGGAGCAAUCUUUCUUGCAAGUGAUAUUGAUGGUAGCAAACUCAGAUACUCAAAAGCAAUAUCAGGGCUGGACUCCACAUAUACAGACGAAACUGUCCUGGAAGUCGCAUCCCUGACAAAGCUUGUCACCACUAUUGCCGCCUUGCAGCUUGUGGAACGAGGUCUCAUCCGCCUGGAAGACGAUGUUUCACAGCUGAUCCCGGAGUUUAGCAAAAGAGGCGUCUUGGAGGGCGAUGUUAACGGUGAUGGCUCCUAUGCGUCUCACCCUCGUCGCAAUGCAAUAACUUUGCACCGCCUGCUCACUCACUCCGCUGGGGGAGCCUAUACAUUUACAGAUGACCGAAUUGCUAAAUUUGUUGCUGUUUCACCUGGGUACGUAUCUGAUGGGACCAUCGACGCCAACUUUGACUUUCCACUGUCAUAUGAGCCCGGUGAAGGGUGGCGAUACAGCAACAGUCUCGACAGAGUUGGCCAGAUUAUUGAGAAAUUGACCAAGACAACGUUGGAAUAUUAUUUUAAGCAAUACAUUUUCCAACCUCUCGGGAUCUCUAGUGCAUCGUUUUGGGGCGGAAAACGUCCCCCGAUGGCGAUGAGAGAACAUGGAAACGCACGCGCAGUCCCUGAUCCGGGAGCCCCAAGCUUCACAACGGGGCUCAAAGAAUGCUUUGGUGGGCAAGGACUAUUCAUAAAUCUACCCGAUUAUAUGAAAAUUCUACGAUCUCUUCUCCUGGAUGAUCAGGUACUACUCAAACGGGAGACAACUGCUCUUAUGUUCAAGCCGUCUUUAUCACCAACUUCGAAGGCGGCAUUAUCUCAAGAACUAGAAUCAGCUACCUGGACUGUUGGCGAUUUACCCAAGACCAAAGAGUACGACUGGGGCCUGGGCGGGUUGCUUAUUGACGGCGAUUCACACCCGUAUCGGCGUCGGAAUACUCUCUUGUGGAGUGGCGCCCCAAGCGUCUUUUGGUUCAUUGAUCGAAAUGCUGGGGUUUGUGGGGUGUUUGGAACUCAAGUUUUGCCGCCCUCUGACCCAGUUGUCUUACCUGUCAUUAAGGCAUUCGAGGAGGCUGUUUACAUUGAGAAAGACUUGUUGUAG